ACUCUCCAGUAGGUGAGGAGCAUCUCAUGCUUCCGCUUUGAUGUCGACUCGGCGAGUGCUGCUGAUGCCCUUCGACGUCGAUGAUGUCAGUCGCGCGUCGACUUUGUUCCUGGCCUCUUUCCUUCAGCCCUCAGCAGGCACCAGGUCGGCAUGGCGACGAAUGGGCACCCACAGUCAGCGCAUCAGAAUGGCAGUGACUCUGCGGCAGUCAAUGGCCACAGCGACUCUGUCCCGAACCACACGAACGACCCCAAGGCCAUCAUUCUGUGGUCCCAUCCUCGCUCGACUUCGACCAUGUUCGAGAGAAUGUUCCUCAAUCGACCCAACGAUUUUACCGUCCUGCACGAACCACUGGGUGAUAGCUACUACUUUGGGCCAGAGCGAAUGAGCCCACGUUACUCGCCUGCCAAGUGCGCAUCCGACUUUCCGCAGCACAAAGAUCUCACGUUUGCAAAGCAAUGGGAAGAGAUUGUCAACGCUACCGUUGCGGAGCCCGGCGCGCCCCCCAAGGUGUUCAUCAAGGAUAUGGCUCAAUACAUCAUUCCUCCCCCUACGGUUGCGCCCAGCUGCCCCAAGGACCAGAUGAGUGCCGACGAGAACCCGACUGUCAUUCCGACCGAGAUUCUACUCAACCCUAACAUCGCCCAUACGUUCCUCAUCCGUCAUCCCGAAAAGAGCGUACCGUCUUACUACCGUCUCUGCUCAGGCGACAAGAUGGCGAUCACCGGCUUCGAGUAUUUCGACCCAGAAGAAGUCGGCCUGCGCGAAUCACGCAUGCUCCAUGCGUUCAUUCGCAAGCGUCGCGGUGUCGGCACGCCCGAACCGCUCGUCAUCGAUUCGGCGGACCUGAUCAGGAAUCCCAACCCGAUCAUGGAACGCUAUUGCGAACAUGUCGGCGUACCUUUCUCGCUCGACAUGCUCGAGUGGCAAUCGGGCCAACAGGAACAUUUCAAAAAGUGGGUCGGUUUUCAUGAUGAUGCAGAACAGUCGACCGGCAUUGGCAAGUGCUCGCCUCGCAAGGACAAGCCGAGCACGGAGGAGAUGCCAGAGAUUGUGAAGCAGGCCAUCCAGGCCAACAUCGCAGAUUAUGAGCACAUGCGCCAGUUUGCGCUCCAGAUUUAGUCAUACGUCAUUCGUCCUUCGGCCAGCAGAGGCACAUCUCAAGUCAGAGGAAAUCAAAAAGGAAGUCAUACACGGGAUACUCAUAGGAAAUAUGCCAGGGCAGCGGUAAGCAUACCCGAUACAAUAUAUGCAUCUUGCAGGGCAAGGCGGACAUCUAUCGAGACUCGACGCUUGGCCGUACUAGGCUUUCGUGAGGGAUGGCAUCAUCCGAAUCUCCUUGCCUUCGUUAUCGCUGUGCUUCUGGAUCUCUGUCAGAAUCUUCGAGUGCUCCCAGCCCUCUGGCGCAGCUCGCUUGCCGG